AUGGCCGCGACCUCUUCCGCCGGCGGUGCGGCGGAGAAUAAAGGCUCGCCGAAACUGGCGCCGAAGGGUAGCCCGAAACCCGCACAGCCCGCGUCUUCCUCCGCCGCUGCUGCCGCCCCAGUGGAUGGAAACGCGGCGUUUAAGGUCAUUGCCGGGAAGUUUGAUUUCCAGAAGUCCUAUGCCCGUAGGAGGCCCGAUGAACCGAAGAGUCACUACAACACGCGGGUCAAGUUCAUCCAGACUUUGCUGAAGCACGAGGGACACAUACUUACCGAUGAGAAGGUCGAGGUGCUCUCCCAUUGCUUCUCCAACGUCAAGUAUUUUUUUUUUGCUUCUUCGUGGUGAUAGAUUGUUGUGAUUUUGAUCAAAAGUUGUGCUGAUGAUUAGGAACAAGAGGGUAUUAAAUCUUCAUGCAGGAGUUGCAUUAACUUGUUUUUGCUUUUCGAAUUCGAUUUCGAACACACAAUGAAUCAAACUACCCGUCCUCCAGGUACCUUGACAACAAAUACCCCUCCGAUAUUAUGGCAAAGAUCGCGAAAUACGAUCCCACGCUCCCAAAGGAUGUUGACCCGGAGCCCGCGGCAAAGAAGCGGAAGGUCGAAGAGGGGGGCGAGGCCGGAGAGGGCGAAAAGAAGGUAUGCAUUGCAAAUAUGUCUGGGUCUGGAAGAAUGCAACUUGUGAUGCUGCAUUUGGAUUCCAAAAAAAUCUGUAUUGCAAGAGUAGCAAAAGGAGUAUAAUUUUUGCUACAAGGAUAGGGCAUUUGUCAUGCGGAAUAGGCAUCAACAUGCCCUCCAAAAAUCUGGGAUGCUAGGGCGUGCAUCACAGACAUCAUGGCUCAUGCAAGACGUGCAUCACAAGUCUCAGAAUCUUCCAGACCCAGACAUUUUUGCAUUUGAUAGAAGGCGGGCGAGGACAAAAACGCGUCGAAAGAGUCAGGGGAGGCAGGGGAUAAGGCGGCGAGUGCAGAAAAGAGCAAAGAAGCAGAAGCCGCACCAGUCGGGGAGAAAAAAAAGGAGUCGGAGAAGAAACCCGCAAACGCCCUAACAGCUGCUGCCGCGCUGCUAGCGGCUGCCGCGGAGGAGGACAGUGAUGACGAGUAGAAGGGUAGAAGUGGUCGUGGACCACUACUACAUGCUCAACAACAUCUUCGCCUAAACUGCUUAUUUGGUGGGACAGACAUGCUCCUGUUUCGCAAGUCCACGUUUCAGUUUGAAGAUGAACGGGAUGUUGGGGGUUUGUUCGAUUAAGUACAACAUGGGACGAAUAACCACUAUAGACAAAUCUCAUGGCGGCCCUCAAGCUGUUCUACUUUUCAUCGCGCAUAGAAGUAGAUGUUGAGCCACACUGUAAAUCGUUGCCGCACGGCUUGACUUUAACACGCAACUUCUAGAGACUUUUUCAAAGACCUCCACCUCCGAUGCUUGGAUACAAGAUCAAGAAAAAAAAAUGAGCCGAAAAUUAAAAACUCGGAAUUCCAAAC